AUGACGAACGCGCAAUCCCGACCCCUGGGGUUCCUCGACUUGCCUACAGAAUUGCGACUGAUGAUGUAUGAGCUUCUGCCGAACCGUACCAUUCGUACUCGAUAUGUCAAGCGCAGCAGCGACGGAACGACUGAGAGCAGCUUCACUAUCAUCACGUACACCGCACCUACCGCUAUCUUGGCCACCUGCAAGACCAUCAACAGCGAAGCAGCAACCAUCCUCCUCAAGACCACACAGCAACUACUACCCGGAAGAGUCGUCGAGCGGUUUCCUUAUCUCACUGGCACUGCGCCCAAGAUCGAGGCGGAAAUCCCCGCUUUCUAUAUCCUCAGUGCGCGGAAAGGAGUGGUCAAGGCAGCCAUUGACUGUGACGUACAUUUGGAGGAUGAUAUCGACCCGCGGCGGUUUGCCCACCCUUCCCGCAUCUUUCACAUUGCCGUUUCGAAGGGCGCCAGAGAUCAGAUGGACACAGUCAACGCGGUCAAAGACUUCGGUAGAGCUUUAAGCGUACUUGACUCCACACGCGACAUUCGUGUCAGUAUUCACGCCCUUGCCUCAGCAUCAGAAGAGACCAAUGCCGCGGUAUGGAAGGAGGAUUACAACCGAUUCUGGGGCGAGGGCGAGUGGAAGCUCUGA